CAAUCAUCCAAACUUUCUGUUGUCUUUUAUGCUGCCUGUCUCACGCGCAAUUCCCAGAGUACCGAGCAUCACAAAAACCACCAGACAUUUCUUCAGUAAAACAAACACCAUGGCUCCUCUCAGCAAGACUCACAAGCUCAACACGGGCGACGAGAUCCCCGCCGUUGGCCUCGGGACAUGGCAGUCCAAGCCUGGUCAGGUCGAGAAGGCCGUCGAGGCCGCCCUACGUGCCGGCUAUACUCACAUCGACACCGCGUAUGCCUACGGUAACGAGAAGGAGGUUGGCCAAGGCAUCAAGGCCUCCGGCGUCCCACGCGAGAAGAUCUGGCUUACCACCAAGCUGGACAACGACUGGCACAAGCAUGUCGCCGAAGCUAUCGAUACGUCGCUCAAGAACCUGGACACCCCCUACGUUGACCUCUACCUGAUGCACUGGCCCGCCAGUCUUGUGAAGGGAAACACCAAGGAGGUGUACAACGACUGGGACUUUGUGGACACCUGGCGCGAGAUGCAGAAGCUGGUUGACACCGGCAAGGUCAAGAACAUUGGUGUCAGCAACUUUGGAGUCAAGAACCUAGAGAAGCUUUUGAGCGCCGAGAGCACCAAGAUUGUUCCGGCCGUUAAUCAGAUCGAACUUCACCCUGGUAACCCAUCCCCCCACCUUGUCGAGUAUCUGCGCUCGAAGGGCAUUCAUGCUUCGGCCUAUUCGCCCCUCGGUAGCAGCGAUUCGCCGCUUUACAAGCUUAACAGCCUCACCAAGCUCGCCGAGUCCAAGGGCAAGACUGUGCAGCAGGUGCUCCUUCGAUGGGGUGUCCAGAAGGGCUGGAGUGUGCUGUCUAAGAGCGUCACUGAGGAGCGUAUCAAGGCCAACAUUGAUCUCGAGGGCUGGAGCUUGACCGAUGAGGAGAUUGCUCAGAUUGAUGAGGUUCACAAGGAGAACAGCUUCAAGGUCUGCGGCGAUGACUGGUUGCCUGUCAAAAUCUUCUUCGGUGCUGGUGACAGUGACUAAAUGUCGUACACCGUGCAGCCAAGAGGAUGCUGGCAAGAUAUUCCCCCC